GGAAGACGCCAGGGUGAAAUCUUGCCCAAUCGGGCAACAUUUGCGGCCGCCCUCUAUUCGCGACUGGACGGAAAUCGUUUGGGAUUCAGGAAAAGAUGAAACUGCGAUGCGACGUUUCUUGGUCCAAUAAUAACAAUAUACUAUUGAAUAAUCGAGCCAAACGAAGAAGUUCCGCUUUCUUGUAACUCGCUUGUGUAUGUGUAAAAAUGGCUUUGAGUAUGGAAUGUAAAACGUGUAUAUUCCUCUUUUCAUUGUUGCUCCGUCCCAGAUCUGCUUUUGUGCCGUCGGCCACCAACAUUUCCCUGGACUGUCACAAUUUUAUAAACAUCCUCCGCUGGGACUACAGCGACCAUGAAACUCUGAAGCCCAACUUCGAAGUGACCGUCAAAAAGCUAGAAAGCACGCCAAAGCCGAUCCGGGUGGACUACCCUAACCUCCAGUGCGACCUCUCCGCCUUCAGCAGUCCCGACAACGACUACAGCGUCGCGGUGACGGCCGUGGUGGGGCUGAACGAGAGUCUCCCGGCUCCGCCGAACGGAUUGACCUUCAGCUACUUCCACAGCUCUCCGUCGGAGCAGCUAUGUUCAUUGGACCUUCCGCCCGUCAACGUCACUUUCCAACCGGAUGUUGGAAUCAUGAUCAGUUUCAGCCAUCCUGCUGUGCUGUACGGCCAAAGGCGGUUGAACAAGCCAAAGAGAAAAGCGAAAAUGUCCGAAUUCAAUUACGAAGUGGUAGUGACCGGCGACCAGAAGAAGUACGGCGGCAAAUGUAAGAUGGACGUGUGUGAGAAGGUCAUCCCAGCAGGGCUCCAGCAGGACUGUGUGAGGAUCGACGGCUACUGGAACAAAACAACCGUCCUAAGCACCCAGGACUACUGCGCCCGGGCCGCCCCCGCCCCAGCCCCCGCUUACCAGGGUCUGUUCAUCGGGCUUGGGGUAUGUUUCGUCGUAGCACUCCUAAUCCUUGGGUUUGCUUUCAUCUGCAAGAGAGUCAGAGCCUCCUCCCAAAUACCUUACGCUCUGUCCUUCCCUCGCUCCCCUCAGUCCUUCCCUGAGAGGCAGGACCAAAGCCACAGCCCGCUCAUCCAAGAUCAAAAUCUGUCUCCGGUGUCCCCUGGUGCCUUUUACAACGGGGACCGCCUCACGAUCACUGCAGUAGACCAGAACGGGAUCGGAUCCGUGCAAAGCGUCAUCACUGCAGCAGAGAUGGAGCCCGAGCGGCCCCGCCCCGCCGGGAAGCCGGCGGUGCCCAACGGGAGCGUGCCGUUGGCCCCCAGGUUGAAGCCAGCAGCAGAGGCUUCCGGGAUGGACCCCGCCAGGAAUGACCCAGGGGUGGCCGCCCGUGCCACGGGGCAGGGUGACCCGGGAGUGCAGCCCCAGGUGGGGGAUGACCCAGGAGGGGCAGCAGGCGCCCCGGGGCCCCUCCCGCUGUACGCAGACGUGGACGAGGGCGCCCUGGGAGGGGAGCCUCCCGAUGAGUCCCUGAACGAUUCGGGUUACGAACAACGCGUGAGGGUGGAGCUCACUCCUGGGGAUACUGUCGAUGCCUACCUUGGUUGAGCUAACCUAAGAAGCAAAAGUGUGUUUUCAUGAUGGUGAAUUAUGGGAUGCUCAGGCAUAUGUGUGCGGUUGACUUGGCAGAAUUCGACAGACCCUAGCAAUUUGAGUCAAUAAUUUUGCAUUGCAUGAUAUUCUGUUAACAUUGAAGUGGAUAUUGGAACUGUUAAACGUUUUUUUUCAGUGAUGUAAUCCAAAAUUUAGAGCCAGAGAGACAAACGGCAGCCCUGCGAAACCGGGUCAUAUUUAUCCCUUCAAUCACAAUUGAUUCUGAUAUCCAUAGAAAAGGGUUUACAUUUAGGUGCCACUGAGGAAGGUAGGACAGAUGACCAGAGCACAAGGGAUAACAUUUUGACGACAUCGCUUAAUCGGUGAGGUGGUCAAUACGUAGACGACACUGGGG